AUGGCUGGUGCAUUUUCUGGCCUUCUGGCUUAUCUGAUCAGUAUGAUGGAUGGUGUUGGUGGUCUCGAGGGCUGGCGAUGGAUCUUUAUUCUCGAGGGAAUUCUGACUGUUGUUGUUGCUGUUGCUUCAUACUUCUUUGUCUGGGAUGAGCCAGCCACUGCAACUUUUCUCACCAAAGACGAGAAGAAGGUUAUCCUGGAUGCAUUGAGUUAUCCACAUACUGAGAUCUUCACAAAUGCGCAACUGGGGGGUGAGAACUCUUUCAAAUGGAAGCAUGUUAUGAAUGCAGCUUUUGAUUGGCAAGCCGUAGCAGUCUAUGCACUAUCAUUAUUCCUCCCAACCAUCAUUAGCGGACUCGGCUAUUCAGCUGCCAUUGCUCAACUCUUGACAAUUCCAAUUUAUGCGGCCGCCACCAUAUCUUGUAUUGUAGUCGGUUAUCUUGCAGAUAAAACGGGUAAACGAAGUUUUUUCACUUUUGCCUGCUAUGCUGCCACAGUUGUCGGGUAUCUCAUCGCAGUUGUUCCGCCCACAUUCUUACCCGGCUUGACAUAUGCGGGAUGCUUCGUGGCUGCAUGUGGAAUUUAUCCAGCUAUCCCGGGCCUUCUAGCCCUGUCUUCAAAUAACUGGGCACCCAAUGCAAAGCGAGCCGUUGGUAUGGCUAUCCAAAUGGGCUUCGGUACCAUGGGUGGAGCUGCGGCGUCGAACUUUUACCGGGGCAGUGAUGCUCCGAGAUAUCGUUUGGGGCACGCUUUGGUGCUAGUUUUUGCUGGAUUGGGGCUUUUCACUAUGAUAUUAUACUACUUUAUAUGUCGCCGAGUGAAUGCAAAGAGGGAAGCGGAGGCUGAUAGCGUUUAUCAGUACACUUCGGAUCAGUUGGUUGACUUGGGUGACAAGGCGCCGAGUUUCAGGUACAAACUUUGA